UUCUUUCACAGACUUCCCAAACUUCCAUAGGACGGUCUAUAAUACGUUAGUGAGGAUCUACAAUUUCUUUACUGUUUAAUACCCUUCCUUGACCUUGAACUAAAGUCAUUACUAUCGCAGGCAUUACCACUACGUUCCUUGUAAUCGUUACAACCUUGGUUGAUUUUGCUGCCUGCCAGUACCAUUUCUAGAAACCGAGAACGCUGUCUAUGGAGGUUCCUGAACUCCAUUAACACCUUUUGGGACUCCAUAGAGUCUCUUGCAGGCAUACCUUGAACCCAAUCUCCAACCUUUGGUCCGGCACAAUUGCUUUCUCAACUGCUUCCACAAACAAUCUUCUUAGAUUCCCGUCCGCGACAUCUACACAUCCGGCAUUCCAUUGGGGCUACUCUUAUACAUAGCCUACUCUUCACUUACUUUUAGUGCAUUAAAGACAAUGCAUAACAUCGGUCACUGCCGCGCAGCUGUCCCCUUGGGACGAUCUUCAAAAGUCGUCAUUUGUCCCACAGCAGAUUACGAGGCCCCGAUGUAUAUCUGCUAUGACUAUAUUUGUCCGCAUUGUCCCAGCGGGGAUCAAGGAAAUCAACUUAUCUACCUUCCACAGCCAUCCUCAGAUCAACUUCAAAAUACUCCUGCUCCACUGGUUUACACCCGCCUUUACUACGACUUCCGCUACCAGGUGUAUGCUGUGAGCCAUUUACAAAUGCCUCCACAGUUAUCCAGGGCCCGAAUCUGUUUCUUUUGGUGCUAUCAUGAGGUUAUAUUUGAUUCUAAUUUGCCAUUAUGCUCUUUUAACAUGCUAACACCUUGAAUCAGAUAGACUCUAGUCCUUCAAUCCAGCGCACUUGGUAUUAUGGGCAGCGGAAUAACGCCACACGUGGUGUUCUUCAAGGUGAUAGAAACCAAGCAUUCACGGAUAACGUCACUGGCCAAACUGCCAUACAUCUUUCUCCUGUCGGCUACACAAUUCAUCGGGAAGCAAAUGGUCCUGUUGGUGACAAUGCCGAGGCGGUUUUCUCCGUUGGAUCCUUCCAAACCCAGAAAAGCAUCACCACUCCUAGUCUCGGGGUUGGUUCAUCGAGAUCUAUGUCAUCUGAAUCCUCUUGCCUCAUCUCAACCCCCCGAAGCAGUUACAACACGGCGAGUACAUAUAGAUUGUCUGUCGAUUUUUGGAACCAAGUAGAGGAAGUUAAUGAAGGUGAAGUCGAGGAGCUUUGUCGCGAAGGAGCUAUCUUUGUGUCGGAAUUAAAUGACAAUGACAGAACUCCAACUAGAGAUAACUUUGGAGGGAGUGAAGGGAAUGAAGGAGGAGGCCAAGAAGGUGCAGCAGCAAUAAUCCCUCAAAGAGUUACAGCUGGUUCUGGCCGUGUUAAUGGCGCUAGCAAUAUGAAUCCACCUCAUGGUCCUAGACGUGGAGGAAAUGUUGGAGGUCAAAAUCGUGGUCGCGGAGGACGUUCUGCCAGAAUAUGGAACUGGCACAAUUCAUCUCGAUGAUGACAUGAGGAAUUGGAUAAAAUUUGUUUUUUUUAACUAGUUCCUGUCCACUUUAUAUGAUUGCACAUAACCAUAAAUAUUAACAUUUGCAGUCAAUAAUGAUAUAUGCUAGAUUAGAACCAA